ACUACUAACUACCCUACGUUAACCCCCUUCUAUAGCUUGCUAGACUUCAGUCAUUAUUCCCUAUAGCGUUCCAAUGUCACCUUAGAUAAAUCACCGGUAGAACUUUCAUAAUCGUUUCCUGCAGCGCGUGCACAGCCUCGAGAUAUUGCACACGCGCUCGAAAGCCCGGCGAUAAAUUGAACAGCUACACAAAGAUCAGUUUGGGAAUAUACGCACACGUUGGUCACAUCUUGUGGUUGUAGCAUAUUUCCUCUUACGUCGACAUACAUAACUUGCCAAAAGGCCGUGUACUUUAACAAAUGUAACGCUCGUAUAAGCGGAACCUCUAAUAUGACCAGUUUGUUAUCUGAGAAUGCCAGAACGUGUAGCCUCAAAAAUAACAAUAAAUGACUAGAAGAACGGGAAAAGUAGUACUUCUAAAUGUGAGCGACGAGCCGUAUGCAUGGCAAAUAACAUAAUAUAUUUGCAUUCGUCUAAGUGUAACAUCGUCUUCUCUAUCUCGUCGUUUAUCAAAGGGCUCGCCGUCACCACCACCACCACCAGCUCGAUGUUCCUCCACAGAGCUAUGAGGUAUUACAGGCUCUGGAUCUACUCCUGUAACCUGGCCUUACUUUUCAGCGUCCUGAUCUUCGUGUCUCUCGCGGCUUGGAUCCUUUCCGACCACCACAUGGCCCUUUUUCCCUACAUACGUUUCCACCAGCCCACCCUAGUGUAUGCCUACUUUGCUCUUGCACUACAAGGUGGCGUUCUACAGGCUAUUGGUUGCUGGGGGGCGGUGCGAAUGAACGAACGAUUUCUAAACGUCUACUGGUCAAUCAUGCUAGCCCUCCUCGUUGGUGACGUCAUCUUGGGUAUCAUUUGGAUCUUUCAUUACAACCACAUAACAGCCAACUUACGUAACGAUCUGAAGUCAAGACUUCAAGUGGAUUAUGGGAGAGAACUGCAAUUUCAAAUAUUAUGGGAUAAAAUUCAGGAUGACGCCAAGUGUUGUGGCGUCGACGGCCCACGAGACUACAACCACACUUUUUGGCUACGACGACAGCGACAAGACUUUCCGAAGUAUCACCAAAUGGUGCCAUUGAGCUGUUGUCGUUUCAAGUUCGAAACUCGAAUAUGGGAGAGCACGUUUCAAAACCACACAUGCGUUGAGAGUUAUCUCGAGAGUGAAGUUUACCAAGAUGGGUGCUAUGAUGAAGUCCAGAGAUGGCUCCAAGGAAGCGCAGAUUUACUGUGUGUUCUAGGGUUUUGUGUGAUAGCAUUCCUAAAAGUUUGUUUUCUCGGCAUUCUCCGGUAUGAGAUACGAGAAAUGAUACAGAAAAUCAGGAUUCUCCAAGAGCUCGAGGAACCUUCUCCGCUACUUGGAAUAGACUUGCAGUACGUUAGACCUUCUUUCCAAAACGACAGUCUUUCGAGGGACACCUCACAGAAUAACUUCGGAAAUCACCUACUAUCAAAUAAUCACUUCCCACACGAACCGUUCUCCAAAGAAAGCUUCAAGAGCAUAAACGGAAACAACAACGAAAGUGAAUGUUGGGACUCCAAUAAAACUAGUGCCGUUUAAUAUUAGAGCUGCUGAACAAACACAGACCUGAUACGUGUUAACUGUUUAGCGUCCACGAGUAGCUUUAAAACACCUUUAACUGUACUUUUCGUGUUAGCCUUACAAUACAGUCUAACUUAGCCAUCAAAGUAUUGUGUAAAAAGUAAAAAAAAAGUUAGUUAAACAUUAUAUUAUAUUAUGGUUAUUCGUCUGACAAAUAUAUACUUUAGCCUUCAAAAACAAAACAACCGUUUUACAACUAUAUAGGAGUACUGUCAGAAAGAGCUAUAUCAAAGUCAGCGCCAUCUAUUAAUAUAUAUAUUGAUUCAACUUAUAUUUUAAAUUUUGAAGGUUUUCCUCAACAUGACAAUCUUUAUUCACCUUGUUUUGUUAGUUCGUGUUUGUUUGUUGUAUUUGUUUCCUGUUACUGUUCUUAUUUUGAGGAAAUAUAACACCUACUUAAGUAUUUCUAAGAAAAUUCUAGAUGGCGCUAAAUAAGAUGUACUAUAAUACUGCUCUCCCUAGGAAAAAACAAACACAAAACUUAUAAAAACAAGGCAACGACUUGCAAGUAUCUUGUCAACACUGUAUAUGUAUGUGUACUUCAUGUUUAAAAAAAGCCUUAUUUUCAGUAUUCUAAAAAUGCGUUCAACACUGAUUUAUAAGCGUGUAUUUUAUUGUUGAAACAUUUUUAAAACAUAUAUUUCUUAUCGAAAACAACGGUUCAACUAAUACAAUUAGUGUCAGUAAUGUGUGCAUGUUUCGUUAAUUUAACUAUUUAUUUGUUAAGUCACUGUUAAUGAUUGAAAAGUAUAUAGUUUUGUUGUUUUACACAACUUGAAGUACAUACUGGAAGGAUUUAGACAUUUUGGCAUUAAAAUUAGAAAAGUUCUUGUACUACUAUCUCUAAUGAAACCGCAAUGGCGAAACGUUAUUUGAAAUAAAACA